AUGAGCCGGCGCCGCUUACCUGUGACCCCAUGGGGCGCGCGGGCGAGGGCGGGCGCCGCGGCCGCCGGCCAGGCGCCGGUGAUCGCCGCCGCCGCCGGGCGGGCGCUGCGUCCGGGCGGGUCCGAGCUGCGCGCUCGCCGGGGCUGCUCGCUGCCGCUGAUUGGCCCGUGCCGCGCCCCGGCCGCGGCCACCGCCCCGGGCCCCGCCCACGCCGGCUCGGCCGCCGGCCCCCGCCCCUCGCUCGGCCCCGGGCGCCGCGCGGCGGGGUCGCAGGGGGCCGCGCCGGGGGUCCGUUGUCCCCCCCCCGCGGGCGGCCGGACGGCGGAAGUGCGGGUGGAGCUCGCUGGGCAUUGUGGGAAGCCCCCUCCCCUGGGCCGGCGGGGGGCCGGGGCGGCGCGGCGAGGGGUCCCCCCUGGCCCGGGCGCGCCCCUGCCCCGAGCGCGCGGAACCGGCUGCAAACGGCCCCACGGAGCGACGACCCCGGCGUGGGCACCCGGUCCCUUCCCGGGCCGCGCACAGGGCGCUGCCCACGCGCUGGCUCUUCGGGGGCGCGCGGGUGCCCGGGUCACGGGCGGUCCCCGCGCCGGACGCGCCGUUGCGCUGCGCGCGUCUCGCAAACUUCGCGACUCCCCCGCCCGGCCGGGCGUCUCCGCGGGCCGCUCGAGUGGCAGAAAAGGCGCCCGGAGUCCGCCCGGGACUCGGGGUCCCGGAGGGUCUGGGCACCGCGCGCGCCCACCUUCGGAGGCCUCGGCGCACCUGGGGCGCGGGCCUCAUGGGGCGCGCGCCGGUGUGGUUUGCUUUGGGCUGGCCCAGGGCACCGGCGGUUGCGCGUGGGUCCCUCCCGUCGUGUCGGCUCCCCAGUGGGGACGAAGGGGCGUGAACCAGUGGCCCAGGCCUCGCCCGGGCCCCGCGUACGGUCCGGAUCUCAGCGCCCAGGACACGUCUCCACCACCCGGACCCUGCGGGUCGCUUCCUGCCGGCGCUGCCCUCAGCCCUCGGGCUGGUGGAGGGGGAAGCGCGGCCCCGCAUUCCUGGCUGGCUUGCGCGAGGGAAAGGCCACCUCGCUUCCUCUCCCCGGGCGCAGCGGCGGGAAGGGAGGGCAACAUUCACAGGUCAUGGAACCCAUCGCGUGUCAGGACGUGCUCGGUUUGGAGAGCCAGGAGUGGGGAGUCAGUAACAGGUUGGUUUUCUGGUCCCGGUCGCAGAAGCAGGAUGACGAAAGGAACGUCAUCGUUUGGGAAGCGUCGUAAUAAGACGCACACGUUGUGCCGCCGCUGCGGCUCUAAGGCCUACCACCUUCAGAAGUCGACCUGCGGCAAAUGUGGCUACCCCGCCAAGCGCAAGAGAAAGUAUAACUGGAGUGCCAAGGCUAAAAGACGAAAUACUACCGGGACUGGUUGAAUGAGGCAUCUAAAAAUUGUAUACUGCAGAUUCAGGCAUGGAUUCCGUGAAAGAACAACACCUAAACCCAAGAGGGCAGCUGUUGCAGCAUCCAGUUCAUCUUAAGAAUUUCACCGAUUUAGUCAUGCAAUAAAUAUUCUGGUUU